AUGGUCCGCGCGCUUUGCGCCCUUCUCUCAUGCCUGGCACUGGCAUGCGAUGCAGCAGAAGAGCUCCCCACUGAGAAUUCGACCUUGAAGUUGACGUGUUUCGGCUGGCGGUUGGAGCAACCAGAGCUCAUCGUUACAAACUCCGGGGCCUUCCUGAAUGGAGUUGCGAUCAGUGAUGAUCAGCUGCGGAGUAUCCACGAGGUUUCAAACGAUCUCAUCGUGACCGAUGACAAAGUUCUCACAAACUUGGACAUGCUGGCAGGGAUUGAACGAGUUGGUGGCAAUGUGGAGAUCCGCUACAACUCAGUCCUUCAGGAUUUCUCAGGUUUGUCAGGCCUGCAAAGCGUUGGUGGUUCGGUGAAUAUUAUCGGCAACAGAGGCGUUCAAAAUCUGGCGGGCUUCGCCGACUUAAAGGUUAUCGGAAGGUUUUUGAGGGUGCAUCACAAUGAGCGGCUGGAACUACUUGGGGGGUUUGAUUCGCUGACUCGUGUCGGCAGAGAUCUUUCCAUUCGUGGAAAUAGUAGGCUGCAGAGCAUGCCACGAAUGCCCCAGCUCAAGAUGGUUGACGGCAAGGUGGAGGUGGUGUUCAACAGAGCCAUGAGUGCGGCUUAUGGAAUGGAGUCCCUCGAGUUUAUCGGAGGGAACCUGGCGAUCAAGGACAACGAUAACCUGACCAACAUGACCAUGCUGCCCGCUGUUCGGGAGAUCGUUGGCAAGUUCGAAGUGAGCUACAAUCAGGCCCUGCUGGAGGUUGGUGGACUUGAGAACCUUACUCAGAUUGGCAGCUUGGCCGUGGUCAGCAACCCGUCGCUCAAGACCGCCGACUUUGCAAACUUAUCAGUUGUUCAUGGUGCGGCUGAGGUCAUGUAUAACGAGGGGUUGCAGGAACUGGGCCUCAGGAAGCUUGUAUCAGUGGGGGUGACUUUAGGAGAUGACAAAGACGACGAACCAACUCACUUCAAGCUCAACGACAACGACAACAUGACACAAGUCGAGUUGCCCAGCCUUGUGUCUAUCGCCAAUCUGGAAGUACGUUGGAAUGCGCAACUGAAGCACGUCUCGACGACGGUGGCGUCCACCCACAGUAUUAUUAUCGAGGCAAACUACCUUCUGCAAGAGAUCCUGAUGCCCAACGUCACAGAGAUCAAUGGUGAGCUUCGUUUGGCUUUCAACGCAGUCAUUCCUGACAUCUCCAGCUUCGACUCGCUAAAGCUGGUCAAGGGUGACAUUAACAUUCAAGAGAACAAAGCCUUGGAGGACCUCUCUGGCUUUGGGCAGCUCCGAGCAGUGACGGGAGACUUUGAAGUAACUUCCAAUCCAGCUCUUCGGGAUUUGAGUGGCUUGUCCUCCGACUUCAGUGUCGGAGGGAACUUGCAGAUCUCAGAGAAUGACAACUUGUUGGGGCUCAGCGGUAUGUCCGCCCUGCCCGACGUGAAGGGCUUUGCCGUCCUGAGCUUCAACUGUUCAGGCAACUCCGUGAGACCAGCGAACACUGCAACAUGCGUUCCUUGCGAAGCCUGGCACUAUGCUGAAGAUCAGCGCUGCAAGGUCAAUUACACUUUUCUCGUCAUUGUUGCGUUCGUUUCUAUCCUCUCGUUCUGCAUCGUUGCCACGCUCUUCGUGACGUUCAGGAAAGUCAUGCCCGUCGAAAGCAUCGUGUCGGUUCCGGGCAGGGUCCUCCUGAGGACCCAAGACAGGCAUUACUUGCUCCGAGGCGUUUGGAGCUGUGACUUUCCGUUGGUCAUUGACCACACAGGAUGCGACCUCCUGGAUAAGCCGUCUAAGAGGCCUCUCAAAGCCAGGGCUGUCAGCGACAAAGAGCUUGAGAUCCUGGUAGUCGUCGAGAAAGCAGGGAAUCCGAGACGGUCCAUGAGCUCUCUCCAAGACAUUCCUUUAUUUGUGGACGUGCUGCAGACAGAGCCAGGCUUUGGCAUGCCAGUCGAUUCCAUGGCUUCGGGCAGCACUGUCAUCAGCGGCCAGGGGGUGGCCCGGGUUAGCUGUCCCUGGGAGCUGCGAGUGGUUGGCUUUGGGCUACCUGCUGCAGUUUGGCUGAGCUUCUUCCUAGUAGCGAUUGCUGGUUUCCUUGGUGCUGGAUUCUUGCUUGGCAUCGCGCCCGCGAUCAUCCUAGAUUCGGUCGGCUGCGGCUCCCUCCUGGGGGCGGGAGUAUCCCUGGCAUUUCGAGCCUAUGCGAUCCGUCGCAGACAGUGGAAGAGGCGCGCUCGAAGCAAAGCAGUGCGAGAGAAGGCUCUGCUUGGAGACUUGGAGCAUGCUGUGCGGAGUGGAGAUGACCCAGCUCUACAUCGCAUUCAGUACGAGCUGCAGUCCUUGAAGUCCUGGGGCCCUCAGCGCUUUUCCUCGACCUUGCAUGCGGUGAAGCAGAAGCAAAGUCAGGAGGCCGGCGUCAGCAUCUCGUACUUGCUUUCCGCCGAGUUCAAAAUGCUGGCACAGACGCGAAGCAAGUUGGAUGAUCCAAAUUUCUACGAUCUCAAAGAUGCAUUCUUUCUGUCUACCGACCCAAUAGCAAUUGGCAGCGACAAAGUUUGCCCUCGUGACGGCAAGCUGGGAUGCGCCUUUGUCGAUGUUUUGGACCUCUGCCACAGGGGAGACUGCACGCACUUCUUGUCGUGGACCUGGGGAUAUUCCUUGAACCUCGUGCGCAGCUCCAUGACGGCAUGGAUUGACCAAAGCAAGAUCGAUCCUCAGAAGACCUUUUUGUACAUGUGCUUCUUUGUUAACAACCAGUACCGGAUUCUGCUGGAUCAGAACGGCGCCGGCAGCAUGGGCUCGAACCUGAAAGAUGUUUUCGGCGAUAACUUGCAACGGAUUGGCCGCAUGGUCGCACUCCUUGACGGUUGGGAGAAACCGACAUAUCUCUCUCGCAUAUGGACAAUUUUCGAGCAGUACACGGCGGUGGUGUUGGAGAUCGAGGUCACAUUUAUCCUGCCCGAAGUGUCUGGAGAUAGCUUGCUCGAAGAGAUCCGCAAAGGCGAGGAGGGCAUUGUUCGCGUGCGGGAUUCCCUUUGCGAUGUCGACGCCGAGAUCGCGUGCGCAUGGUGUCCGGAAGACGAAAUGCAAGUCAAAAGUAUGAUCGAGGAAACCAUCGGCUUCGAGAAAGUAAAUGCGAAGGUGCAGGAACUAAUGAUUGCAUGGGUGGCAACCAUGGUCAAGGACUAUUUGGGUGGCCUGGUCGUGAGUGGGUCUCGCCGAUUGAAGCGAUCGGGAGCACAGACACAGCUCCUUUCAACUACGACUCUCGGCCACAGGUCAAGCACCAGGACGAACGCCAGCACAGUGGUGUCGUUGCAACCGGUCCGAACGGGGCAGCGUGGUGAGCCUGUAUGGGCAGCUUACAUGUACGGGUACGUGUCUGAAGCGUCACGGGUGUUGCAUGGUCAGACGGCCGAUUGCGCAGCAAAAGUUCGCGCAGAAGUCUUGCUUGCUUGCGAGCCUGCGUCGACCAUGACGAAAUGCUCAGGACAGCGGGCUACGGGGCCACGACUUGCCCUGAUGUCAUCUCAAAGUUCGGAUGCCAAGGCGUGUAAGUCGGGCCAUGAGGCUUCCGGACGUGAGAUUCAGUUGAUCCAUGACGUCUCGAUGCAGGCUUGUGGGCUCCGAUCUCCGAAUUUUGCCCAGUCUCCUGCUCGACAGCAGAAUGCAAACGGAGGUGCUUUUCAGAUCAGUGAUAUGGUGGAUGGAGUGCCUCUUGCUGUGAAUCGAAAGGCAUUUGCAGGACGUAUGUUCACCGUCGAUUUCACCGGUGAACGAAUGCGUGCAGAAGACCCUGGCAAUUCACAAGGACCUCGAAUGAAAAUCCUCAGAGAAGGUGAUGUCUGCAGCAGAGACCCACUGCCAGCCAACCUGACUGGCAUCGAGUGCCGGCAGCCAAGCCAAUCUGGACUUUUUACAGGCUGGGUAUGCACGACACCACCCUCUUUGGCCACUGAAUUCUUGCACCGCUGGGGUGGUAUAACCAUGAACGCAUGUGGGAAGUUCCAGCUGUGCCACUGCAACCGGAUGUGUGACAUAGCGGCCAAUUGGGUCCGUGCGGGCAACCUGGAGGUGGAGCCAGUUCUCACAUGGGGGAGUAUGGACCAACCGCUUCCUGGUUGCGAUGCAUACAUUCCAACCUUGCCGCCGCCACCUGACCCCGUCGAGCCUGUGGAAAUACUGCAAAAGUCUAUUGUCACCAUCUACGUCAGCAUUGACGGCGGUCUGCAGCCACAAGACGUCGUGUUCAUGGCGAUCGCGGCGGCCUUUUCAAGUUACACAUCGAUGAGGUCAAAUCUGCUCGGCAAGAUGGUUCCGGAAACAAACGAUGUCGAGAUAGAGGACUUCGACCGCCCCUUCCGCAGGCUGCACACCGUCAGGAGGGCCGCAGAAUGUGCAGACGACGAUGCGGAAUUCGUGGCCAAGUCUAGCUUGGGGGUGACAAGCUGCGCAGAGGCCUUAACGCUUCUAGGAAACCUGGAUCUCCUUUGUUCUGACGAAAGCCUACAAGCAGCAGUCCUGGAUGGCUGCCAGCGCACCUGUGGAAUUUGCCAGCCUCAAGACCAGACGACCAGCACGGAGACACCGCUAAGCAGCAGCACGUCGGAAGCACCCGAGCUGCAGAUCGACUGGCCUGGCGACAGCAAUGCUUUGCGACUCAUCGUUCGCAUCACCACUCGCACCAACCAAGUGCGUGAAGCGGUCACCUACAACUUGGAACAGCUGAGAAACAACCAGGGCCCGCUCUUGCAGGUGAUCUACCAGGAGCUCGAGGCCGUGGGCCUGUCGGGCGCCAGUAUACCAGGGCAGAUGUGGGUGCACGUGGCGCUCGGCCCAACGGUGGAGAUGGCGCCACCCGACACCACAACCACCGAGCCACCGCCUGUUUGGACGGCGAGCACAACGAUAGUUGUCGUCCUGGCGAGUGCUCUCGGCGUUUCUGCGCUUGUUUCUUGCUGCGCAGUCGCCUUCUAUAUGUACUACCAGCGCCAAAAGUACGCGGUUGCUGUGGGUACGGAAGAUCAGGAAGUCGUCCAUCGAUCAGAGGGUGGAUACAGGAUGAAAAAGAAGAUAAUCCCUGGCCAAGCCCCAGACACGAAGCCCAAGAAGCCUUCGCGGCUGUCCAAAUGCUGCGAGAAACUUUGGCCCAAACGACAAGUGCGGCGGAUAGCACCGGUGUCACAGGCGGGUGGUGGGCAGCUCGCAGUGGGCGCUCACAUCCGAUUAGUCGGGCUUUCACAGGCGCACUUCAACGGGCUGGAAGGUUUCAUUACAGGUGGUCCGAACGAGAAGGGCCGCUAUUCAGUGGACGUGAUCGUUGACGACGACGAGAUGACUCGCGAAAUGCAGACUUUGAGCUUCAAGCCUGAGAAUCUGCGGCUGGUGCCACCAGAGAACGCGAACAACAACCAGGUGCCAGGCCCAGGACGCGGUCCAUCGAGCUACCGUCAAGGUCCAUGA